UUGAUAUCUGCACUUCCACACAGACGCGACCGCAGCCAGACGACAAUCAGGUCCGGGGCAGCAAGGGCAAGCGUGAGAGGAAGACAGAACGUGAAUGAAAAAAGUGCAGUACAGGGACAGAAGAGAAAACGCAGUCUAAACAUCUAGCUCCUAUCAGAAACGUACACAUAGAGCACGACCUGAGGAAAAGUUUUUGAAGCUCAGAGCAAGAUGACCCAGUUGGAGAUCCCGAUGCAGUAUGAUAAUGGACUUGACCAAUAUGACUACAUGAUACAAGAAGACGAAUGGGAUAGAGACCUUCUAUUAGACCCGGCAUGGGAAAAACAACAGCGGAAGACUUUUACAGCCUGGUGUAACUCCCACCUGAGAAAGGCUGGCACUCAGAUUGAGAACAUUGAGGAAGAUUUCAGGAAUGGCCUGAAACUCAUGCUGCUGCUGGAGGUCAUCUCAGGUGAAAGGUUACCCAAGCCAGACCGAGGAAAGAUGCGUUUCCACAAGAUAGCCAAUGUAAACAAAGCUUUAGACUUCAUCAUCAGCAAAGGAGUGAAGCUUGUCUCUAUUGGAGCAGAAGAAAUCACGGAUGGGAAUGUUAAGAUGACUCUUGGAAUGAUUUGGACCAUCAUCCUCCGCUUUGCCAUUCAAGACAUCUCAGUUGAAGAAACCUCUGCCAAGGAGGGGCUUCUUCUGUGGUGCCAAAGAAAGACUGCCCCCUACAGGAAUGUCAAUGUCCAGAACUUCCAUGUCAGCUGGAAGGAUGGGCUGGCAUUCUGUGCCCUGAUCCACAGGCAUCGGCCUGACCUCAUCGAUUACUCCAAACUCAACAAGGAUGACCCUAUGGGAAACCUGAACCUCGCCUUCGACAUCGCAGAGAAACACCUGGACAUCCCCAAAAUGCUGGACGCAGAGGACAUUGUGAACACCCCUAAGCCUGAUGAGAGAGCUAUUAUGACCUAUGUAUCCUGCUUCUACCAUGCCUUUGCUGGUGCUGAGCAGGCUGAGACGGCUGCUAACAGGAUCUGCAAAGUUCUGGGUGUCAAUCAGGAGAAUGAGAAGUUAAUGGAGGAAUAUGAGAGACUGGCCAGUGAGCUGCUGGAGUGGAUCCGGCGCACCACGCCGUGGCUGGAGAACCGCGCGCCUGAGAAGACCAUGGCCGAGAUGCAGAGGAAGCUGGAGGACUUCAGGGACUACCGCAGGCUCCACAAGCCCCCCAAAGUGCAGGAGAAGUGCCAGCUGGAGAUCAACUUCAACACGCUGCAGACCAAGCUGCGCAUCAGCAACCGCCCCGCAUUCAUGCCUUCCGAGGGCAAGAUGGUGUCGGAUAUUGCCAGUGCUUGGCAGGGCCUGGAAGGGGCAGAGAAGGGAUAUGAGGAGUGGCUGCUGACUGAGAUCCGUCGCCUGGAACGUCUGGACCACCUGGCUGAGAAAUUCCGCCAAAAGGCCACCACACAUGAGACCUGGGCCAGUGGUAAAGAGGAGAUUCUGACCAGUAAGGAUUAUGAAUCGGCUACUCUGACUGAGCUGAGGGCGAUGCUACGGAAACAUGAGGCAUUUGAGAGUGACCUGGCAGCCCAUCAGGACAGAGUGGAGCAGAUCGCUGCCAUCGCACAGGAGCUGAAUGAGCUGGAUUACCAUGAUGUUGCUGCUGUCAAUCAGAGGUGUCAGAGCAUCUGUGAUUUAUGGGACCAGCUGGGCACUCUCACCCAGAAGAGGCGGGAGGCCCUAGAGAGGACAGAGAAGCUGCUGGAGACAGUGGACCAGCUGUUUCUGGAGUAUGCUAAGAGAUCAGCUCCAUUUAACAACUGGAUGGAGGGAGCCAUGGAGGACCUGCAGGACAUGUUUAUUGUGCAUACCAUCGAAGAAGUCCAGACCCUGAUUGCUGCCCAUGAGCAGUUUAAAGCUACUCUACCUGAGGCAGAUGGAGAGAGGCAGGCCAUCCUGGGCAUCCAAAACGAAGUGCAUAAAAUCUGCCAGAGCUACAGCGUGCGUGCCAACCUCACCAACCCGUACAGCUCCAUCACCACGGAGGAGCUCAUGGCCAAGUGGGACAAGGUUAAGAAGCUUGUUCCUCAGAGAGACGGGUCUCUUCAGGAGGAGCUGGCCAGGCAGCAUGCCAACGAGAGGCUGAGACGGCAGUUUGCCGCCCAGGCUAACCUGAUUGGACCCUGGAUCCAAACCCGGAUGGAGGAAAUUGGCCGCUGUGCACUGGAGAUGGUCGGCACUCUGGAGGACCAGAUGACCCAGCUAAAGCAGAUAGAGCAUGUCAUCGUCACAUACAAACCCAACGUCGACAAGCUGGAGGGAGACCACCAACUCAUCCAAGAGUCCCUGAUCUUUGACAACAAGCACACCAACUAUACAAUGGAGCACAUUCGGGUGGGCUGGGAGCUGCUCCUCACUACCGUCGCUCGCACCAUCAACGAGAUCGAGACUCAGAUCCUGACCCGAGACGCCAAGGGCAUCAGCCAAGAACAGAUGCAUGAGUUCCGCUCCUCCUUCAACCACUUUGACCGGAAGAAGAAUGGUGCCAUGGACACUGAUGACUUUAGAGCCUGCUUGAUCUCUAUGGGCUAUGAUUUGGGUGAGGUGGAGUUUGCUCGGAUCAUGAUGCUGGUUGACCCCAAUGCCUUGGGGCUGGUGUCCUUCCAGUCCUUCAUUGAUUUCAUGACCAGAGAGACGGCUGAUACUGAUACAGCGGAGCAGGUUGUGGCGUCCUUCAGGAUCCUGGCUGCUGACAAGCCUUACAUCCUGCUGGAUGAGCUGCGGAGGGAGUUGCCCCCUGACCAGGCCGAGUACUGCAUCAUGAGGAUGCCCCCCUUUGGGGGGUCGGGUGGGGUCCCCGGUGCCCUCGACUACACUGCCUUCUCCACUGCCCUCUACGGAGAGAGUGACCUUUAACCUCUGGCACCUUUAACUCCUUCACCCUGUCCCUAUCAGCCCUUUCCACCUCCAUAAAUGCUCCUCUACCCUUUAGAGGCCUGUCAGCAUUUGACUAAGUUAUCUGAAAUAGCAGAUGCACCUAGGUUCAUGAAUACUUUACUUUAAUUGUCAUUAUUAUCCACUGUGUUAUUACUAAGGAUUGAAGUUAUGCAUAUCAUUUGUGUGCAGUUCCCAGGUUAAUCUCAUUUCCCUAGGCCUAUGAAACAUAAUCAUCUUUACAUCUCAGUAGAGUAAUAGCUAUGUUUUUUUUAAAUAUUACAUUACUCUGGAGGACACACCUUGAUAGUACUGAUCUAUGCAUACAGAGUAGUAGAUUAUGCUCUUUGAACUCAUACAGCUACAAACAAAGAUUCAUUUUCACAAAUCACCACCCAGUGCCUCUGAUAUAAUCUUAGAUCUUUUGCAGAACAUGCAUUUAAAUGAAUGUAUCUCAGAAUGUGGAAGUCUUGCAUGCACCUCAGUUUAAAUGUAAUGAGUUGCUAGAUCAUUUUGUGUUCUGAAAAGCGUUUGACAAUUUGACAGUAUACACCAGGGGGUUACGUGUUAUGAUGCAAAAUGCCUCCCAGUUCUGUAUUGGAUCUGCCUUUUAGGACAGCAGAAAUAUAUAGAACAGAAUUUCACAGAACUCAAACACAUAUUUCCUAAUGUAAAUGGUCUGUAACCCAUUGUGGCGGAUCCGCUAGCCUCUCCAGAGUGUCCAUAAUAUAUUAAAUGCAUACAGUCUUUACUUAUUUGCACACAUUUGGCUUCUUGUACACAGCUUCAUGUCAAAGAUCAAUUAUGCAACAUAUUCACUGUUCUACACAACACUCCUGUGCCAACUCUAAACCUGAGAAUGAAUACCAAAUUAUUCUUCAUGUUUGGGCUAAUUCAGUAGCAUUGGAAUCUUGCUUUCUGGCACUGGUUAGCUGAACCGUAUGUUUCGGCGGUAAGUUUGUUUUACAACAAUUUAGGAAGACAAAUUGUUUUGUUUUGCCUUCAGAAGACAUUUCUGUAAAACUAGACAAUGACGGUGCUUUAAAAAAAAAAAUCAAGACCUGCUCUGAACUAUUUGGUUUUAUUUUAUGUGUAAUUAUGAAGCUGCUAUGGAUAUCCUGUGCCAUUUAAAUGUUACCAUAUUGCAUAAAGCAGCUGUUAAAAAAACAACAUACAUUUGAAAGGAAAUGUAUUUAAAGAUAAGAGUUUUAGGAAAUGCCUCCUGCGUAGUUCACUCUGCAAACUGCACAUUUGUCACCCCACCCUAUCUAUUAGCAAGAGUAAUGCCAUCACGAGACCAUCAUAACAGACAUCUGUACCAUUUCCUUCCUAUCGCCUUUUAUCCAAUAAAGUUGUUACAAGCCCUUA